ACUCUUCCCAUUAUAUAUAUGCAUACACUAUCUUCAUCUCUCUUCAGCCAUCAAGUAUUUACUGCAUAACGUCAACGAUUCUCCAUUCUAUUAGCUUUAAGCCCUUCUAAUUGUCCACACAAAACCCAAGAAAAACUUGAUGAUGAUUAUGGAAAGCAGCUUAGGAGACAUGUUAUUGAAGGUAGCCAUGUUCGCUUUGGUGCAAGCACUGGUUUAUAUCAUCCUCUCAAAGUCAUCCAACAUCUUCUCCAAUACCGUAAAGAGAUCAUCUAGCUUCAAGCCAGCUCGCUCCGUUAGUAUUCGCAGGUUUCUUGCCGCUUUACAAGACCUUCCGGCCAGUGGUGAACUCUCUCCUUCUCCCAAGAAUCCGGCGUCCACUCAAGAUACAAGUCAACAGACAAAUUAGAAAUAUAGAUCAUAUAGAGGAUCCUUUUGUCUUAGAACUAUUAUAUAUCUUUUAAUUUUAGAAAAAAUGUUGUGUUUGAGUUUAUUGUACAAAAUUUUAGAUGAUUCUUUUAUUUAUUGAACACCCUUUCCCUA